GGCAGAAGGAGUUGGACGAGACAGUACCCCAUGUUAUGCUGUAAAGGUUAAUAACGACCCACAUAGUAAGUGUGCUAUACAAAUGUCUGCCAUGUGGAUGACGUUUAUUCUGGCACUUGUGUAUUUACUACCUGAAAUCGCCUGUCAUGCCGGUCACGACCAUCACAAUCAUCCCUUCCUUACAAAGUCCAAGGCCAUGUCCUUUAUUCCACAAAAUCACUGGUUACAUCGCCGGAGUGCUUCUACAUGUCAAAAUAACGAAGGUUACUGCGAAGCCAACAAGAUGGAAUGUAUGAAUUAUGUUGAAUCCAACCGUGAACAUUUCUGUAGCAAGAGCCCCAACUUCUGUGGAAGCGGCCAAACGUGCUACCUGUACACACCGUGUCCUGCCCAUUUCGAAUUAGGAUGUACCGAGAAUGCCUGUCUCGGCUUGCCUUGUGAAAAUGGAGCGACUUGUAGCAGACUCGGCGGAUCAGCCUUCACGUGUUCGUGUACAUACGGGUUCUAUGGCAGCGUGUGUGAAUACGUUGACUCCUGUGUGACCGCCCCCUGUGUAAACGGCGGGACGUGUAACAGGAACGCCUCCAGCUACGACUGUUCGUGUACCGCCAGAUAUAACGGAAGCACUUGCGAAACAGAUUGUAGACCCGGACCAGCCGAUGUCAUUUUCAUCAUUGAUUCCUCGUAUAGUGCUGAGCAACAUUUCAACGAUUCCAAGGCCAUUGUCAUCGCCAUUGUUAACAAAUUAGCGAUAGGGACCGACGACUUCCAUGUAGGCGUGUUGAAGUAUUCGUUUAAUACUAGUGUGGAAUUUUCCUUUAACAACUUCACCGAUAAAGGACAAGUGUUAAGUGCCAUUGAUAAGAUUACUCGGAUAGCGGGACCAUCCUAUCUCGACACUGCUCUGGACAAGGCGAAGGAGAUGUUUUCUAGUUCAUCAACAUUUGGGGCAAGGACCCAUGUCAAUCAGUACAUCAUUAUAGUUUCGGACGGGUUAUCUACCCUGAGAACGGAAGCCAUACGUGACGCUCAAAUAUUGAGAAGUCAAGGAAUUAGAAUUUUCGCUAUUGGAAACGGAGAGCAAGUUGAUCAAACGGAACUACUGCAGUUAGCUACAGCUUCCCAAUACGUCUUUCCAGCAGGCAAGGAAGAUGACGUCACCAACGCCAUCCUCAUGGAGACUGUAAGCAAUAAUUGUACAGAUUGUUCACUUCACACGACGACGGACAUUUUGUUUUUGGUGGAUGUUUCUCUGUAUCAGACUUCCCUACAACAAACACUUGAUGCACUGAGGGACUUAAUAUACACCGCUCUGGAUUAUAAUGCAAAUACACAUGUCGGGAUGGCCACUUUUGAUUUGACUGCUAAAUUUAAAUUCCAUAUCAACCAAUAUACUGAGAAAGAUACGAUCCUUCUCCAUAGUCAGAUCGGUCUAGCUACUACAAACCGGAAGUCUAAUAUCAGCGCCGCCUUAGCGUUUGCUCGUGAGACUGGUUUCAAUAGUGCUCGUUCUGACGCACGGAAAGUUUUGGUAUUGUUUUCUAGUGAGAGUUGGUCAGACCUGGACAACAUCAGACAGCAGAGGCAGGCCCUGAACAUGGACAAUGUGACGGUGGCAUUUGUAAUGAUCGGUCGGUCGGCAGACCUUGUUACUGCGUAUUAUGUUGCGGAACACGCAAGUCACGUGUUUUAUAUAGAAAACGACCCUGAUUUAUAUCGAUUUGACGCCCUUGUCGCCCAGACAAGUCACGUGGAAUGUCCAAAUGAUAUAUUUGAUAUUAGGCAAUAGAUGUUUUAACUCAUAUUUAAAUAAGAUCCAGUUCUAUUUGUCUGACGUUUUAUUUGUUCAUUACGUGACAAUGAGUCAUAUGUAAAUAAACACACAAGUACAAUUAUUAAUGUUAACAGCAAUGGACAUUUACAUAAUUAAGGGUUAAAAUGUCUAUACGAACACAUGAUCACCUAAUAACACGACAUACCUACGAGUCUAAGUUCUAACUGAAUAAGUCGGAUGUUAUCUGACAUCUCCUAGUAACAAAAACAGCACACUAAUAAAGUUAAAUCCGGCAUUAACUGAUCGCUCAGUCUAAGGACGAUAAUCCUCUAUCUCCCCCUAAGUCUUUGUGGAAAAGAAUACUUAAUCACAAAUCAUAACCUAAGACAUUUCAUUGUCAGAACACUUAGGAGGCUGUGUCUGGCGAGCGGAGAGGCGAGGUGGCUGAACAGUCACUGCAAAUUCAGGCAUAGUCUCAGGUCACGGUUUGGUAGAUUCAUCGCGCUGUCCAGGAGAGGUAUCGGUGCAUGUCAACGGUAUUGCACUGGGAAGGAUGAAUGAAUAAGGAAAAUCGAACAUAAAUCUAGGAGAGGCUUCCAUUGAAAGGCGGUCUAUUGGUAAGGUAGAGUCCAUAACAUCAAUGGGCGGAGUGGGAGCAGAUGUAGGUGGCGGCUUCGGAAUCGGUGGGAGGUCGGUGGAGUUGGUCCGAGUAUACUCGGAUGUUUGUAUUGGAGUAUACUUCCGGAGGAAUUUCCUGUUCCUUCGACCCGAAUGACCCACUGAUUAAACUGUCGAACCUCAACAACCUUGCCAGACUUAUCCCAUUUCUUUGGAUGGGGUCCUGUCUGAUUUUGUAGCCGUACAUGGUCACCGAUCGUAAGUGGUGGAAGGCGCCUCGUAUGUUCGGUCAUUCUCUUUGCAUCCCUCAUAGGGCUGUUCCGAAGGGCUUCUUCUCUCUCGACGAAAGUUUCUUGCCAUGUCCGAUGGGGUUGGGAUGAAAUCCCUUAUCGGAUGGCAAAAUAGACACAUCGCUGGGGACAGCUUGUGGUCACGAUCGGGUGUAUUCCUGUACUGGAGGAUUGCAUGUUGAAACAUAUCGGUGUCCAGAUUACCGUUGGGAGUACUGCUGUCAGCAAUGAGGCAUUUCACUGUUUUUAUCCGAACAUCAGCACGACAAUUGUUGUGCGGAAAAGCGACGGAAGACAAUCGAUGAUGGACACCCCAAUCUUGUAAAAACUGUCUUGUCACGGUUGCAGUGAACUCUGGGCCUCCGUCGGAUGCUAGCUCGUCAGGUAUGCCACAGUUGGCAAAUGUUCUUCGUAGGCAGGUGAGCAGUCCAGCUGCACCUCCAGAAACCCUUUCGACUAUUGGCCAGUUGGAGUACCGGUCAACGAUAACAAGAUAACACACCUCUGUGUGUGAAGUAAUAUGCGCAGAUGCACUGAAAAAGGUAGUCAGGUGACAUCAAUGGGUAUGGAGGGGCAUUCGGAUUCGAUGGUGUAAUGCCAUUGCAAUGGUUACAAUCCAGCCUGGUGUUGUUAAUUGCGCGUGUAAUGCCUGGCCAAAAGAUUGAUCAGCUCUUGAAGUCAUCAUGGAUACUCUAUGAUGUGCGGAGUGUAGUGUUGCAAGUACCUCGUCCUGGAGGGAAGGGGAAUUACGACACGGUCCUUGUAAAGGACUACUCCAUCGCGUGAGUGGAGAUCUGAACAAAACUGGUAAAAAGUACGCAAGUUUGGUGGAUACGCAUGGCGUGAUUCUGGGAGUCUAUCCUCGAUCAUGUUAAGGAGCUGAGUCAUUGAGUCAUCACUGGAUGUGGCGAUCCGAACCCUAUCCCAUGUGACGGCCCGUGAGCCGAGUGAGGAGAAAGUGGGUUCUGCUGCAGCUACCAAAGUGUCCUCAAAGUCGUCGGGAGCCUCAAAUGUCCGAAUCACAAUAAGACUAUCCGAUGGGGUUGAUACAUCAUCUGGAAGGAACAACAGCUCCGGCUCACCACAAGGAUAUCUAGAUAGGCAAUCUGCCGCAAUGUUGGAAUACCUUAAAUAUUGUGUUACGACCACUACUAUCAUCAUUGGAAUUACACAGCCUACCCCGCCUUUAUAUUUUGGGGUCGCUGAUCGUAAGAUGAAUAGUUUGCACACUAUAGGCUGAGACACCAACAUAGUUCCCUUAAUCUUUUUUUUAAUGCAGCAUGGUCUUAUCCGUGUUAGAAUGCCUUCACUACUUUUUGAAUGUUUCCUUUUUUAUAAAUGAAAUAAAUACUCAUUUAUAAAACUUAAACGCUUUAAAUGUUGAAUUUAAUUUGGAAGCAAUCUUGUUUAAAUAUCUCCAUUUUCCCGUGGAAUUUAGCUCAAAUAUCUUUAUGUUCAAAUUUUCAUCAGAUCUAGCAACAGAUUUUGAUUUAGAAGUAUGCAUGUUUUCAGUGUAUCAGUACUUACCUGUGUGUAACUGUAUAUUGGGAGAAGGUGUAGAUAAGUUAUCAUUUGUGUCCAAUCAUUGUUGUGUUUUUAUUAAUCACUAGCGUAAUUAGGACCGCCUUUGAUGUUAGGCUAAGUGUCUAUUGCCCCUUUCUGAAGGAGUCCGUACCCAAUAACAUACCUGACAUACUAUUUCCCUCCAAGGGAUAAAAUUCCAUUAAAAUGUCUGAAAACA